CCGCCGGGCGGUUGGCCGCGGCCUGGGCGGCGGCCGUUGGCGAACUGCGGCCUGCCAGGCGAGGUCAGGCGUCUGGCCGGGCCGCGGCCACAAUGACCAAGGAUUCGCCCAGCCCGUCGGGCGGUGGCCGCGCGUUGCCCAAGAAAUCGGGCGGCCCCGGCCCGGCAGCGGCGGUGCUGGAGGAGCAGAGGCGGGAGCUGGAGAAGCUGCGGGCCGAGCUGGAGGCGGAGCGGGCGCGCGGGCGGGCCGAACGGCGACACUUCGCGGCCCAGGCGCGCCAGCUGCGGGAGGCGGCCGAGCGAGAGCGGCAGCAGCUGGCCGACCAUCUGCGCUCCAAGUGGGAGGCGCAGCGCGGCCGGGAGCUGCGGCAGCUGCAGGAGGAGGUGCAGCGGGAGCGCGAGGCCGAGAUCCGGCAGCUGCUGCGCUGGAAGGAGGCCGAGAUGCGGCAGCUGCAGCAGCUGCUGCACCGCGAGCGCGACGGCGUGGUGCGCCAGGCGCGGGAGCUGCAGCGCCAGCUGGCCGAGGAGCUGGUGAACCGCGGCUACUGCUGCCGCGCGGGGGCGCCCGCGGGCUCCGCGGCGCAGUGUCGCUGUCGCCUGCAGGACGUGCUGGCGCAGCUUCGCUGGGAAACCGACGGCGAGCAGGCCGCGCGCAUCCGCCACCUGCAGGCGGCGCGGGACGUGGAGCGCCAGCUCUUCCUCAAGUACAUCCUGGAGCACUUUCGCUGGCACCCCGUUUUGCCCGCACCCCCAGGCCCUCGGGCCACGCACUCCUCGGAAGAGCCGCUCCUCGAGAUCUCAGGCGGCGAGCUUCACGCCGCGAAGUCAGCCUGUCGACUUGACUCUCUUGACAGCCUGAGCGCCGGCGUCCGCGUCCGUUCCCGCUCCCUCGACCUGGUGUCCUCCGCGCGCUCCAGCUCCCCAAGCGGGCUGCUCUCCACGCGUGCCAGCUCCCUCGAUUCCUUGGCACCAGAGCGUUCCCGCUCGCUCGACAGCACCCUGAGUCGCCCCAAGGCCUCUGUCCGCAAGGAGCGGGCCUCCUCUUCAGACACCUCCGCCCCGGGCUCCCCGAGCCCCUCCCCGCCGCCGCCCCCGCUCCCGCCACCAUCGGCACGCAGGUCACCGAGCGACCCGCGGGGAGAAGACGGCUCCGAGAGCAAGCCCUGCGACGCCUCGACUCCCUCGGCCCCGGGCCUGGACUGCCGCGAGCUGGCGAAGCAGAACUCGGAGCUGGCCGAGGCGCUGCAGGUGCUGGCGCGCCGCUGCUCCGACCUGCGCGAGGAGAACCUGCAGCUGCGGCGCGCCGGCGUCUCCGACGGGGCCGACGAGAAGGUGAAGCGGCUCAAGGUGAAGCACGCGGAGCUGGCUGGUCUCGCGCGCCGCCUGGAGGACCGGGCCCGCCUGCUGCAGGAGACCAACCUGCGGGCAGUUAGCGCGCCUGUGCCCUGCGAGAGUCGCACCAACCUGGAGCUGUGCCAGGCCUUUGCGCGUCAGCGCGCCCAGGACUUGUCUGAGCAGGCGAGCGCGCUGCUAGCCAAGGACAAGCAGAUCGAAGAGCUGCGGCAGGAGUGCUACCUGCUGCAGGCGCGUGUCGCCUCAGGCCUCGGCAGUGACGCGCAUCCUGGAGACAGUGCCCAGUGGCUCAACGCCAGCGACUUAGACCGGCUGCACCGCGAGUCCCAGCGGGAAGUGCUGCGCCUGCAGAGGCAGCUAACGCUGCAGCAGGGCCAGGGUGGCGCCCAGGCAGAGGCGGGAGGCCAGAGCGGCCCCUGCAAGGAGGCGCGACGCCAGGUGCAGGCGCUGGAGCGCGAGCUGGGAGCGCGGUGCCGCGAGUGCGAGGAGCUGGGCGCCCAGGCGGCGGCGGCGCGGCGGCGUGGCGAGGAAGCAGAGGUGCAGCUGCAGGCGGCGCUGCGCAAGGGCGCCUGGCUGGCGGAGGAGAACGGGCGGCUGCAGGCACAGGCCGACUGGGUGCAGAAGGUGGCGGCUGAGAACAGCGACGUGCGCGGGCAGUUGGGCCGCGCGUGUCAGGAGCGCGACGCUGCAGGCCUGCUGGCCGAGCAGCUGCUGCAGCAGGCGGCCAGUGGGCAGGACAGGCAGCAGCAGCUGCAGCACGACCUGCAGAAGGCUCUGUGCGACCUCCAAGCUGCCCGGAAGGAGAUACAGGCGCUGCAGUGUCAGCCUGGCCACCCUCCAGAACAGCCCUGGGAGGCCACUCAAGCCCCGGAGUCCCAAACCAGGAGUAACAGAAGGCUCAAGUCCCAGCCAAGGGCUGAAGAUCGCACACAGUCACAGCCCAGCAGAGACAAACAGGAGAGAAGGGAGGCCAUCCUGGAUGUGAGCCCAGUUGCCCUUGGGGAGCCAGCCAGUGUCCCUCACGUGCCAGACAGAGUCCUUGCCAGCCCGCCUCCAGACUCCAGGCCUCAGGCCAAGAAAACCAGCUCCCAGUCGAGCUCCUCCUCUGAGGUUGAGUCCGUGUGGGCCACUGUGCCCUCCUGCCCUACUCUGGACAUGGACACGGCCAGUGAGGUGGAUGAUCUGGAGCCUGACAGUGUGUCCCCACCCCUGGAAGUGGGAGGCUCAGAGGCUCCUGCCGCCCCCAAGCUCAAGGUUUUCCUGGCUCAAUAUAGCUACAACCCAUUUGAGGGGCCCAACGAGCACCCUGAGGGUGAGCUACCCCUCACAGCUGGGGACUAUGUGUAUGUCUUUGGGGACAUGGACGAAGAUGGCUUCUAUGAGGGAGAGCUUGAGGAUGGCAGGCGGGGACUGGUGCCCUCCAACUUGGUGGAGCAGGUUCCAGACAGCAACAUCCCGGGUUGCCUGCCCCCCAAGUCCCCUGACCUUGGCCACACCCACCUCCCAGAUGGGCAGGGCAAAGCUUCGAAGGAAGACAGUUUAUUACCUGGGGAAGCCCCGGGAGCAGUGGACAGGGGGCUGUGCCAGUUAGGAAGGGUGGGCCCCAAGGCAGAAGUACCAAUAGACAUCUUGCAUUCGAAGACAGAAGCCCAGCAGCCGGGCUCGCCGCAGAGCGUGGGGGAGCAGAGCUUCUCCAGACCCCUUCGAGGGCCCAAUGGGGUGUUCUGUGUGGCUCCUACGCAACUACACCUGCACAGUGUCACAGCCACAUCGGCCAAGAUCACCUGGACCUACCACAGCAGCAGCCACUCCCACGUGGUGUACCUCGGUGAGCAAGAGCACGCCCUGACCCCAGCAGGUGUGAGCUGCUACACCUUCCAUGGCCUACAUCCUGGCACAAAAUACCAGACACGCGUGGAGGUGCGGCUGCCGGGGGACCUGCUGCAGGUGCACCGGGAAACAAUGUCCUCCACUCUCACGUUCAACACACCUUUGGCAGGACCGCCCCACCCUCCUCUGGACGUGCUGGUGGAGCGCCACACCUUGCCAGGCCUCCUGGUGGUCAGCUGGCUCCCUGUGACCAUUGACUCUGCGGGGUCCUCCAAUGGAGUCCAGGUCACUGGCUACGCUGUAUAUGCUGAUGGGUUAAAAGUUUCGGAGGUCACCGAUGCCACUGCCGGGAGCACUCUGUUGGAAUUUUCUCAGCUGCAAGUGCCUCUAACAUGCCAGAAGGUCUCAGUGAGAACCAUGUCACUCUGUGGUGAGUCUCUGGAUUCAGUGCCAGCUCAGGUCCCUGAGGACUGCUUCCCAUGCCACCAAUUGCCAGAGACUCCUCCCUUUCGCUAUACUUGCGGCGACCCAUCCACCUGCACAAUCACCUUCCCCGUCUGCCCUCAGAAGCUGGCACUGGCUCCUCUGAGUGCCAAGGCCAGCCCCCAUGCCCCUGGAAGCUGCGGGGAGCCCCAGGCCAAGUUCCUAGAAGCAUUGCCGGAAGAACCUCUGAGGAGGCGGUCUCUAAUGUCCAACCUAUGCUCAGAAGGAGAAUGUCCAAGUUCAGGGGCUGGCAGCCAAGCCCAGCGGCUCACAGAGGCCCAGGAGGGCUGGAGAAAGGACCUGCUCUUUCAGAAGAGUCCCCAAAACCACAGGCCACUUUUGCUCAGUGGCCAGCCUGGGGUCAGAGAAAACUGCUGCAGGCAUAUGGGCACCAGCAAAAGCCUUGCUUCGGGAUUUCUCCGUCUGUCCCAUGAGUGCAGGCCCAGGAAAGAGCCAUGUCAGAAGAAGGCUGCCCUUGAGAAGGCCCUCAGGCAAAAGCCAGACGUGCAGGUGUUCACGCCUCCGCAGCUGGAUGGCAGCCAGCGACGUGCACCUGACCUCCGUGACAUUCUGGAGGAGGGGGAGGCAGUGUCGUUGGAUGCGCAGGGCACAGAGCAGCGAGGGCAGAGAAAGGAGCUUGGGCCCCAGUGCAGGCGAGGACAGGCUCUGGGGUACAAGCGAGAGUGCCAGCUCCAUGAGCCCAGCUCAGUGCGGUGUCCAGCUCCCUCUAGCAAAGCCGGUAAAAUGUCCAGGGGUGGCCCCCCACCGCCGGGGACAGGGACCAACACUCCAGCCAGGGUCUUUGUGGCCCUCUUUGAUUAUAAUCCCCCAGCGAUGUCUGCCACCUCUGAGGCUGCAGAGGAGGAGCUGGCCUUCCAGAAAGGGCAGUUGCUGAAAGUGUGGGGCUCUCGGGACCCCCACGGCUUCUACCGCGGCGAGUGCAAUGGGCGAGUGGGCACCAUCCCUGGGCACCUGGUGGCCGAGGCAGAACUGGGCAUGGAGUGGACUGAUGGGAGGUGGCAUUUGUGGACACAAGGGCACCUGCCCUCUGUGGCCCACCUUGGGAACACUGGGGGGCUGCUCAACAGCCCCCAGCGCUCCUCUCCCAGUCCCCAAGGGAACUCCAGCAGACCCCCACUGUGGACUCCAAAGACCAUGAUGGCAGCUCUGGACUAUGAUCCCCGGGCCGGGCGAGCAGGCAGCCGGGCAAAGGGCAAACUGGCGCUGAGGGCGGGGGAUGUGGUCACAGUCUACGGGCCUGUGGAUGACAAGGGAUUCUACUAUGGAGAGUCAGGUGGCCACAGUGGCCUGGUCCCAGCCCACUUGCUGGAUCACAUGUUCCUUCAUGGAGAGUGAACAAGGCUCCUGGCAUGUGUGGUGGCCUCUGGCUGCCCACACCCCGCCAGAGAAGCAAGCGUGUGGACCCUCACACCAGCACCCCUCCUGCCCACCAUAAGCAGCAUUUGCUGCAAGUGCUGUGUUAAACCAAUGGCAGUCCCCAAGCGUUCCCUAGCCUCUGAAAGGAGCACCGCCUAAAUGUGAGUUGAGUCGUUUCCAAAAGCCAGUCCCUGAGAGUUUGACAGCCUGUGUCAGAGUUGUCGAUAACUAUAUUAGGCAUCGGAGACGUGCCUUUUUCUGUGGCCAGUGUGUGUUUUCUUUAGGAGUUAAAUGUUAUUCAGCCAUUGCCUUCUGUGAAAGUCUCAAGAAAAUUCUGCAUUUAAAACAAAAAAAAGCAAUCAGAAUGUUAUUUUUCUAUCCUAUGUUCAACCCCUCAUUAAAAUG